GUCGGAAGUUUUCUUGGCGUCCUGUUCGAAAGAGGAGUCGCCGUCUAUGACUCGCGCUACCUCCUCCCUCCAAAUGUCGAAAGAAAAAGCUCGCCUUUGCUUGUUGCCCCCGAAAUCUCCCAAAAUCCCAAGCGCCAUGGCGACCUACGGCGCGGUUCUCCGGCGCUCCGCGGCCGUCGUCGAGCGCGCCCGUGCCCACGCCAGAUCCACCCGCAAGGCCCUCGCCCGUUUCGCCCGCCCCCAGUCCUUCGCCGCGCCGCCCGACGCCGAGGCCGCUGCCGUUCGCGCCGUCCGCAACCUCGCCACCUUCCGCCUCUACUACACCCUCCUCCUCUGGGUCCUUCUCCUGGCGUCCCUCUUCCCCCGCCGGCGCGCUACCAUGCUCUUCCUCAUGGCCGCCUCCAAGGUCGCCCUCUUCUACGGCGCCCUCCUCAAGGCCUUCCCCACCUCCGCCCUCCUCCGCAGGGUCAUCGACCGCAGGCUCGUGGUGGCCCUUGCGCUCGCCGUCAUCCUCAUCGAGCUCGCUCUGACCCGGUCCCUGCCGCAGCUGCUACUCGCCGUGGGUAUCGGGUUGCCCAUCAUUCUGCUCCACGCGGUUUUCCGGGUGAGGGACGAUCUGCUCGAGGACGGAGACGAGAAGGCAGCGGCGGUAGGCGGCGCAGGCGAAUUGGCUUCCGUCUUGGAGAAAAAGGAGGAUCUUGAAUUGGGAUCGCAAUAGUUAGCAGAGUCAUAUACUUUUCUUUCAUCAAAGCGGAGCCAUUGUUGCUUCUUCUCGUCAAGAAAAAUCACACCUUUACAAUGUAAAGCAUCCAGAUGUAAACAAUGCUUGUUGAUGUGGAUGGCUCACUGUUUCAUGGCAA